AUGGGCAAUCCGGAUAUCGAGUCGACUUCUGCGGUUACUGCGCGCGCGUCGGUGGAUCAUAUCGAUAAGUCGCAAGUCGGAGUCGGCCGAGCUGAACUGAGCCAUGCGCUACCACCACACAACGACUACGAAGGCGGCCAUCGGUGGGAUCCCUCGGCUACUUGGACCGCCGAAGAAGAAAAGAGAGCUGUUCGAAAGACUGAUUUGAAGCUUUUGAGUUGGUUGUGUCUCAUGUUCUUCGGCCUUCAGCUUGACCGAGGUAAUAUCAGCAAUGCCCUGGCAGACGACCUUCUCACUGAUCUUGGAUUGACGACUGAUGAUUACAACAACGGAACGACGAUCCAGGUCCUGUGUUUCUUGCUCGCCGAGUUUCCUGUUAUCUUCCUCACCAAGCGCUAUGGUUUCAAGACUGUGCUGCCCACCCUCAUGGUGUGCUGGGGUCUUGUGUCGACUUUCCAGGCCUUCAUGACCGGACGAGCUGCUUUCUAUGUCACUCGAGCUUUGAUCGGCACCUUUGAGGGCGGUUUCAUCCCUGGUGUUAUCCUCAUGGCGACGUACUUCUAUACCUCGCGGGAGUUGUCGAUUCGACUUGCUGCUUUCUGGUCCACUUUGAACGUCGCCCGUGUUAUCUCAGCUCUUUUGGCUGCUGGACUGCUUGAAAUGCGAGGCAUCAACGGUCAUCCUGGAUGGUUCUGGCUUUUGCUCCUCGAGGGUCUUCUCACAGUUGUCAUCGGUCUCGUCUCGAUGGUAUAUCUUCCGACUUCUCCAACGGGUACCAAGACUGCUAUCUGGCGCAAAUCCUGGUAUACCGAACGUGAAGAGGUCAUUAUGAUCAACCGAAUCCUCCGAGAUGAUCCUGCCAAGGGCCUUACAGCGCUCAAGGAGCCAGCCACAUGGAAGGACGUCAAGGCGGCAUGGGGCGAUCCAUCUCUCUGGGGACUCUACUUCAUCGGUGUUGUUGCAUACAUCCCUGCGGCGCCUGUUCAGGCAUACUUGACUUUGACCUUGAAGAGAGUCGGAAACUUCAGCACCUUGGCCAGCAACCUUCUUACUGCACCUUCUGCAGCUCUUCAGAUUAUCACUAUGCUUGCGCUCGCCUACAGCUCCGAAUACUUCAACGAACGAGCCUUUCAUUGUUUGUUCGGAGAAAUUUGGUCAUUGCCGCUGCUGACAGCUCUCCUGACGCUCCCUGAUCAAGGUCGUGAAUGGGGUCGGUUCUCGAUCAUCACCCUGAUCUCAGGAUACCCAUACUUCCACCCUCUUGUAUCUUCUUGGAUCUCAGAGAACUCAUUCGACGUUAAGAAGAGAGCCAUUGCAGCGGCUUCCUACAAUGUAUUGGUUCAAGUUGGAAGUGUUAUCUCCAGUCAGAUCUAUCGAAAGUGGGACGGACCGUAUUUCAAGAACGGAAACAAGGUCCUGAUUUCGAUUCUUUGUCUCUCUGUUGUCGUGUUUAUUGUCCAGAGACAGUGGCUUGUGCACCUGAAUAAGAAGAAGGUUGAGCAAUGGGAACAGAUGACUCCGGAGCAGCAACUCGAGUACCAAACGGACAACGAGCAGCGAGAGAUUGACGGCAAUAAGCGACUGGAUUUCCGAUUUGCUUAUUAA